UAAAACUCAUUUCAUUCUCUUAUGUUUUUUUUUUUGAUAUGCUUAUUUCACCAAGCUUCAAGCAACACAGAAAAUAAAAACCUAAUCUACAAUGUCAACUCAGACUUCAAAUGUCUACCAUGAAAGACAAAGAUUACAGUUCUGUCUCUUACAUGCUCUCAAUUCACUCUUUCAGCAAAAAGAUGCUUUUACUCGACCAAAUUUGAAUGCAAUUUCUGAGAAACUAGCCCUUGAUGACACCUCUCACAGUGAUUCAUGGACACCGUUUUCUAUCCUGUUCAAACCCCAUCAUAAUGCAUUGACCGGAAACUAUGAUAUAAAUGUUCUAAUAGCUGCUUUGGAAGAGAAAGGGAAGAGUGUAGUUUGGCACGAUCGGCGAAAUGGAGGUUCGUCGAUCGAACUUGAUGGACCGGAAGAUGUUUUGAUGGGGGUUGUGAUUAAUGUUCCGGUGAAAAGGUUUGCUGGGAUUUGGAAAGGUCGGCAUUGGAUUGCUUUGAGGAAGAUUGAUGGGGUUUGGUAUAACUUGGAUAGUGACCUUCAUGCUCCUAAAUGUUUUCGCGAUAAAGAUGAAGUAAGAGAGUUCUUGGAUUCUAGCAUUGUUCAUGGCGGCGAGGUUUUGCUUGUCAUGAAUCAGAAACAACAGUCGUGAGUUUUUUCGGUUUUUCAUGAUAAACAUACUCACAUGAGAAAGAGUGAAUUAAAUAUCUCUAUAAGUACUUGCUUCUUACUCAAGCACACAGUACCUUCCUCCUUCCAAAGCUCUCACCUACAACACUUUUAACUUACAACAACAGCUUCACAUGUAUGGUCUCUUUCUCUGUAGAAUAUUAAUAUUAGCAUCAUCAUGCAAACAAUAGUAGUAAGCAAGAGUCACAAUGAGAAAACAAGCUUGUCAUGGAGACAAAGUUCUAACAGAAAACCGGCUAGAAAUCGGCAUGUCAGGAGCUGCACAUUCCGUAUUCCUUGGCAAUCUGAAUUCUCUCCCAUUGAGCUUGUCAAAGAUCUUGCAGAAAGAGUGACGAACGCUUUACGGUUGGUCUCUCCGAGGAGAACUUUACACCGAGACUCAUCGUCCUUACGAAGAUCAGCAUCAGCAGGAUCAUCAGUUGACUCUCAUAGAACAGCUGCUGUUGAGGAUUGCAUUGAGUUCAUCCACUCUUCUUUUUCUAGAUCAAAUUCCUCAACUAAAACAUCACGCGAAGAUUCUAUAGAAGCUUCUUCUUGAGAUACUAAUGAUUAAAUUAUCAACCACAAAGGUGUGCUUGCUUAUUGUAUAUAAACAGAAUCAGUGUUUAACCUUUUUUCCAUGAAUUUCUAAUAUUGCAUUUCAUUUCA